UCACUGCAGGCUGGAGUUUCCUGUCCAAAACCAGGAGCAGCAGCAGCAGCAGCAGCACAAGUCCAAGACUGGCACAGAACUGGUGAGUGGAGAGGAGCACCAACGCAGGAGAGGAGAAACACGCCACAGAGUUCGGGUCCUUUCUCGAAGAGGAGUUGGACUUUUCUCAGCAGAGUUUGAGGCAGAGUGAAAACAAAGAGAUUUCAGCGGAGUCCAACUUCCCAACAUCUGGUUCGCUGGAGGACGGGGCGAGCCGAAGUCAGGCACUUUGGAGGCGGAGAGAGAAGACUGGGCGAAAGAAAAUGCUCUGAGUUUUGGAGCUUAUGUCACCUGCGUGAGGCGAGCUGACUUUUUUUUUUUUUUUUUUGUGUGUGUGUGUGUCACCUUGUGAAGAGACCAAGUUUGGAGGAGAGCUCCAGCGGAGCUUGAGGUCCAGCGGAGGAGAUAAGAAAUGAAUUAGUUCCAAAAUAAAUAAGUUUAUAACUAAACUUCGGCUGCUCAAGAGUGCCAGACAGUGAGAAGGCUCAUUCGCCUCCUAGCUGAACAGCAGGCCCACGCCCAUGGAUGAGGAGAGGAGUGCCACUGCCAUCUCCACAGAGCAACCUGAUAAUGAAAACCCUAACCCACCAGCUCCCAGUUCACGCACAGACUCGAACACGGAGAAGGAAAACAGCCCUACAAACCCAACGCCCUUUCCUGGUGAAGAUGUGGCCUACACCUACACUGAGCCCCUCAUAUUGAGGGUAAAUGGCACUCCUAAAAGGUUGUUAAAUGACGAUGGUGAUGGAGAUAUUUGCAACACAACGCUCACAAUACCCAACGAGAGCAUUACAUCUCAACCAGCCGCCAGAUCCACACCCAUCCAUCACACAAAGCCUUGUCAGUCGCAGCCCGGCGGCCUGCUACGCAACGGAGCCAAGAGCCACGAGCACACGCACUGUUCGCAUCACACACACACUGCCCACCUGCACGGCCUCCAGUCCAACCCUGUCAGGAAUGGUAGCUCUCACAGACAUCCCAAGCUGGGCUCUCUCCCGAGAGGCGGCUCCUCCACCUCAUCGUCUUCCUCUGCAGGACCCAAAGGCACCAAGAAACUGCGGUCAAACCCCUCCAUCACCUCCCAGAGCAGCAAGAGGAGCAAGAGCAGCUCGAAGAGCAACAGCUCCCAGAUUCCCACAGACGCACAGGACGACUGCUGUGUCCACCUUAUCCUGGCCUGCCUCUUCUGUGAGUUCCUCACCCUGUGCAACAUUGUGCUUGACUGUGCCACCUGUGGCUCCUGUGCCGGGGACGAUUCCUGUUUCUGCUGCUGCUGCGCAUCGGAGGAGUGCGGUGACUGUGACCUGCCCUGUGACAUGGACUGUGGCAUCAUCGACGCCUGCUGUGAGUCCGCAGACUGCUUAGAGAUCUGCAUGGAGUGCUGCAGUCUUUGCUUCUCGUCCUGAUGUAUCACGCCACACCACCGAACGGGGCACGGUAGAGGUUCGCUGUGCAAGGUUAGCCAGGCCCAGGAACAACCGAGACCAGAAGCAGCGCUUACACCUGGUCUGUGUCCCCCCGAGCAUCUGGAUUGAUAAAAGAUCAGCGGGUGUAACUAUCUCUGGAAAACAUCCUACGCAAUCUACGCAAACUGUGACCUAAUUAUUUCCUUUAUUGAUCACACAACCUCCUUGCUUUGUCUGAGCUAUUGACUGCUCGCCUCUCACUUGGCUGUGCAGUGCGGAGAGAAUCCCAGCACUGAUAUGUGAGUGCAGCCCGAGCCUCUGGACCUUCCCUGCACUAGCUUUUAUUACAAUGGAACCCCCAGUGCCGUUUGAAUUACUGGAGUUCUUCAAGCAUGAAAAGUGACCUCUAAAGGCAAAUGAGGAAAUGGCUCCAUUUGAGCAGAUUUUAGUGUUUCUGCAGAUAAGAGCAAUGGAAUAAUGGGGAACUGGAAGCUCAGAUCUCAGUAGAAGCGUGGUCUGUCCUCCUGUCCUUGGCAAGGGUAAAGUCUUGCAGUUUGAUUGGUUGCUCUGGCCUUUCUCAUAAAAAAAAAAACUGUUAAAAGGGAGAUGUCCAAUCCUCUGCUAUUUUUGUUCUUGUUGCACAAAAGAAAACAGAACACAGUAAUCUUGUUCUUGUUGUAAAGUGACAUAGAAAUCUCUGAUGGUAUUAUGCCUCUUUCCUUACCUGACCUGAUCAGAAAAGAUGCUCCGUAUACCAGCCAGGAUAUGGGAUCUAAGUGGGUAUUUUCACAAAUGGACAUAAAUGAACAAAUUGUUGACAUGAUCUGCGAACAACACAUUUUUCUCUUCUAACAUGUGAAUGGGGAGCAUUCUUAUGCUAAGAUCUCUCCCAACUUAACAUUUGAAACUUUGUUUACUUUUACCUUUUGCCGAAGGACUUUUUUUCAGUGAAUGCUAGCUCAUCCGGUGAGUCAUCUUCUUUUUAAUACAUUUCAUUUUUCUAUCAUUCCUUCCGUGUGGAGAAAUAAAUGGCCUUGGAUCAGCUUAAGGCCUGAAUUUUCAAGUAGGUUCCUCGCCUUCACCAAAUCUCCAUUAAUCCUUGUUUUGUAGAUUUUAGUUAAGAUAUUUGCAUUUUUCAUCUAAUGUAAAGGAAAAAAAAAAAUCACAUUUCUGCGUUAUCGGUUUUAAGCUGGGCUCUCUGUUAAGCAGACCUAGCUCUGCAUCUAAUUUAAUUCCUCUAGUGAAAAUCCUUAGGAAAUUAUGCUAAGUUAGAUCCAUACGCUUAUAGCAUGAAUGGUACUGUCUUGAUAAAAGCCGUGCACAGUCAUGUGCCGCCGCGCCUACACUCUUUUCAAACCAAUACCUCUUAAGAUCUCACAUAGAUCAGUUGUGCAUUUUAAAGUGACUUGAUAGAAAUCUAUUUUUUUUCUUCCUCUGGUUAAAUACUGUUAGAGAAAUCCUUUGCUCUUUUGGGACUUUAGUUUUCAGGUCUUUAAUUACUUGUACAUAGAGGGGCUAAGGUGCGACACUAAUGUGUUUGAUAAGGCCCUAUUUUAUGGGCCGAAAUCUCAUACUGAUAAAGACACACUAUUGUUGUAUUCAACUUGAUUGCAUCAUGGAAGCAAUGCAUUUUUGCUGCUUUAUUUUCAUAUAAUCCAAGGAGUUUAAGUAAUGCAACUUGAGACGAUGAAUCAAACUGGAUGUGUAUCCCCUGAAACUCAAUUUAAAGCCUGGAGUACCCUGGAAACAUUGGGAUGUUUAGGAUGAUUGUGAAGGAUAGAACAGAUCAUGCAGAAUGAUGACAUGUACAGAAAUCGUAGCCAUGUUAGGUGUAUUUACAAGACAUUUCAAAGCACAAAUUCUAAUUAUGGUGCAUCAUAUAGAGAACUGUUCUCUGUCACCAGACCAGGAGAGCAGUAUGAUAAAUAUCUCUGCUGUGUGCAAAUCAUCUCAUAUGCAUAUGUAAAUUAAGCAAGAAACACUAACAACUUAACAGAUCGUUAAUGUUGGAAAAUGGGGUAAAUAAGAUAAAAACGGGAGGCUAGCCACAAAUUAAACAACACAAAAUAAAAAGUGUUAAAUGGGGCUAAUUCAGGGAAUGAAUCUACAGUUAAAUCUAUAGUUAACCCGGGUUGCAUGUUGAAGCAAUGAUGAUACACAAAUAUGUUGGUGAUGAGGAGACACUAUAGGCAGACAUUAAAAAAGCAGAGAUUCCAACAUCCUGACAUGAGAAUUAAAAUAUUAGAUCACGAAUAAUAAAACAAUACAUAAAUAGAAACAGACAGAUCAGAAAUAUCCAUAGCCUAUGAACUUUUUCAUAUUUUGUUAUAAUACAACUGUAAAUAAUUAUGGAUCGCAUUGGGAUUUUAUUUUACAGAAUACCACAACAUAGCAUGUAAUAGUGGAGUAGAAGGAAAAUUCUGCAAGUUUGAAAAAAAUAUAUAGAAAUUAACAUCUGGAAAGUAUUGCAUACAUUUGUUUUCAUGAUAUGGAAAAAAGACCCAAGGAAUACAGCAAAGAGCUUUGAGAUGAAGUUCUGGAGAUGUUUAAAGCAGGGCUAUGUUCUAAAACAAUACAGAGUUCAAUCCAUCCUCUGAACAUGAAAAGAGUGUGGCAACCUAAAUCUGUUUACAGGAGUAUUAGUCAUGCACUCCACAAGUCUGACCCUUAUCGAAGAGUGGCUAAACCUUGUGGACAACGGUUUAAUCCAUCAUGGGAAAAUUGAAAGACAGUCCACUUAACCUCACAGACCUGGUUGUCAGAACAGUAAUCAGAGAAGCAGCCAAAAGGCCCAUGAUAAUUCUGGAGAAUUUGCAGAGAUCCAUAACUGAUGUUUUGGUACUUGGGUUCAGUUGGUCGUGCACUUUACAAAUCUGACUUUUAUGGGAGACUGGCUAGAAGAGCACUAUUGGAAGAAGGUGAUCUGAUCAGGUAAGACUAACGCCAGACUCACACUGAAUAUGGUUCAGGUGGUGCAAAGUACCCAAAUCAUUAAAAUCAGUUUGUGCACUCACAUCAGCCCUGGUGCAGGUCCGGAUACUGAGGCCGUGCUGCUCUGCAAAAAAAUUACGCAAGAAGGAAGUUUGGCCAGACACAGCAGCAGCCCCCCGGAUCAAGCACCCGAAUUUCAUAAGCCAAACAGGAAAAGUCGGGCGACAGGAGAGAGUUCCAGUGAAUUUCAGAAUUAAAUCACCCCACCAAAUUACGCUUGACUAAUGUAAUCAAAAUGGCAACACAGAAACAUGAGGAAACAGACGGGGUAUUGAAGGAUGAAAUAGGUUAUUUAUGUGCACGGAUAAUGAGUUUUGCCCUGAAAAAGGAAAACAAUAGCUGUUUUUUUAUAUAAUUUAUGAGGGAUAGCAAAAGAAAGGACCACAUGAACGUCUGUUCUUGCGAGCUCCGUUUCUGCAGCCGGGAUCUGCCGGGGGUUUGCAGAGAAGCCGCACUUGAUCAGGACUGUAACCUGCACCGUAGUCAGUGUGAGCCCAGAUUUAAAUGAUACUUUUAGGGAACAUGCAAAACUCAGAGUAUAGUGGAAAGCUAGUACUACAGCUCAUCUUUGAUUCACCAUUCACAGCUGAUCAAAAAGUUAAGCUUCACAAACUGAUAUUACGCAAA